UUAAACCGGAACCCUGCUCACAACUGAAGACUAAUUUACGUGGUAUUAACUCUUAGAGAUCAUUUACUUUCAUAGAAUGAAACGAAGACAUAACCAUGAGCUUUAAAAAUCUGCUGUAACAUGGAUUGUGUCUGCAAGGCCUUUGAGAGGUCGAGAACGUCGCGCUCUCCUCGUUCCACGCGAGGAAGUUUGAGAGUUUCCCAUCUUGUUUGUAGCACGCCAUGCACAGGACCGCUGCAGUGAGAUUGUGAUAGAGAGACCAACAUCGAGGCUGUCCACCUUGGACAGCUUCUCUCGCUGGGGAGAGGUGCAGACACCUCUAAAAAUUACACAGAGAAGCCGGUUGGUAGGAAACCAAAGGAAGUUGGAAGUUUUUCAUGAUGCAGUUGAAAUACAAAUGUGCCAUUUCUGUUGUCAUCCUUCUCCUUACUCAUUCAAAAAGGGCCAGACUUGUUGAGUGCAUAAAUAAGACUUGUUCUAUCUCUUGAGGUUUCCACUUGAAACUGUGGAUACUUGCAGCUCCUCUAAAGUUACGGUGGCUCCACUGAUUCAUGGCCUCUCGGCCCAGCUUGUGGGUUUAGGCAGAAAGCCGUGUUUAUGCCACUCACCCCAAACACUACAUAUUGUGCUUGGUUGCUGGUGGGACUAUCUGUGGAAAAACUCUUUACCGCUUGAAAACUUAUUGCCUCCAGUCACCAGAGCAGCUGCCAAAUGACCUGUGUGUGUGUGUUUAAAAAAAAUGGAGUGUAGUAAUACCUGAAAAGUGGAGAGAACUCUUUUCAACAGAGCAGGGGCAUCCCAAAGGAUAUUAAGCAAGAUUGGCUCCUCGCCUGAGUGAGCUUGCUUCAAAAUAAAUAGCGCAGAAACGGCCAAUCUCAAGAUGGCGGAAUGAAGAAGCUCCGCAGUACAAUCCGAAGGAGCACAGAGACUGGCAUCGCCGUGGAGAUGAGGAACCGGGUGACACGGCAGGGGAGCAAAGACUCCACCGACGGCAGCACCAACUCCAACAGCUCCGAAGGAACGUUUGUCUUCCCUACCACUCGCCUGGGGCCUGAGAGUCAGUUCAGCGACUUUCUGGAUGGUCUUGGCCCCGCCCAGAUCGUAGGCCGGCAAACACUAGCCACACCCCCCAUGGGGGAUGUCCAUGUAGGCAUGGUAGACAGAGGAGGGCAGCUGGAGGUGGAAGUGAACCAGGCCAGAGGGUUGACCCCAAAACAAGGCUCCAAGAACAUACCAGCAACCUACGUGAAGGUGUAUCUCCUGGAGAACGGCAUGUGCUUGGCCAAGAAGAAAACCAAAGUAGUAAAGAAGACUCUGGAUCCCACCUACCAACAGGCUUUGUUGUUUGAUGAAAGUCCUCAGGGCAAAGUCCUACAGGUAAUAGUGUGGGGGGAUUACGGACGUAUGGACCACAAGUGCUUCAUGGGAAUGGCUCAAAUCCUCCUGGAGGACCUGGACCUGUCUGCCACCGUCGGCGGCUGGUACAAGCUGUUCCCUACCUCCUCUCUGGCAGACCCCAGCAUCGGACCCCUCACCAGACGCCUCUCCCAGUCUUCCCUGGAGAGCGCCACCAGCCCCACGUGCACCUAGACACCCAGCAGACGUCCCGCAGAACGCAGACACCGGCACGCGUACUGUACAUACAACGACGACUGUAUCCGAAGCGCGACGCAGUUAGGCAUACACCAUUCAGCGGCACAUCCCAGGUUCCACACGCAUCGACGGCCACACAUUCCUCCAUCGUUCAUCACGAUUCACCCGCCAAACCUGAACCCAACGUAGACACGAGCGACGUGAACAUGUAGCGAUCCUCAUUUCACGCCAGGCGCCACGCCCCUGCAUUCCGAAGUCGUCAAACCUCCGCGGCGCGUCUCAUCCCGGGGCCAUCCCGAUCGAUGCCAGUUUCUAAUCUCUCUAUGCCAAACUAAGAAAAAAAAACUUUAUUUUUUAAAACCAAAGCAAUUGUUAUUGUUGUUCUUAUUAUUCCUAUAAGUAGUAGGUGAAACUAGUAUACAAUAUAAAAGUAUGGAUAUGUAGCAGAGUCAAUGACUUAGAUGUAAUGCAAAAAAAAAAAAGUAAAAAAGAAAAAAAAAAGAAGAUAUAUUCUACAUACACACACAGAGAAGCUAAGAGCGGGAUAUCGAACACAAACCUGGCUCGGACGUUCACAUAAUGGCUGUUAUGUGAGGUAGCAACACUGCUAUAUUCUAUGAUUUUCACAGGGCAGAGUUUAUACAUGAGUAUCUAAAUAUAUACGAAAUAGAUAGCUAAAUACUUAUUUGUCUUUCUAUAUGUAUCGGCUGCAUUCUGCAUGUUUGCUUGCGAGACAUUUUAGAGCGCUUCAAAGUCUUUUUAUUUAGCUUGCCUUGAUCAACGUAAACAGUGCCGCUGACUUUAUUUUGCCGAUAUGUCCCGACGAAAAAGGAGCACCGAGUUAGAGCAAAGGACGUGACUGUCAUCGCUGUCUGCAGAAGAAGAAAAUGAGUUAGCCACGCACUCGCUGCUGACUUCACAGUUCCUUCCUUCACCUUUGGUGUGCUUGAACCACUUCUGCAUCGGGGUUGGGGAUGAGGCGGGGGUGGAGGGGGGUGUUCUCACGUGUUUGGACUGCCAUUUCAUUUCCUUUGUUUUGAUGUCCUGAAUUCUUCUUCCUGCUCAAUGAGAUGGGAAGCAUCAGCAGCAGCCCUUUUCUUGCCAUGGCCACUCGUUUGUCCCUCUGAACCUGCUGUAAAUAUGUAAACCUGUAUAUAAUUUGAGAGGACUUUUUUUUUUUCUUUUUUUCUGUUUUUGGACAUUACAAUAGCAUUAUAGGUGCAGCCACAAAUAUUAAAAUAACAUUGAUAAGUAAAUGUAUUUCUUCAGUUCAGUUUAAAAAGUGAAAGUCAUAUAUUGUGUAAACAUUUUUUUUAUCACACUUUUUCCUUCCACUAAAUUAUGCAGCGAGUGUCUGGUGAACAACUGUCAAGUCAGCAGUGUUAACCAAGAAAGAUUAGUCUGUAACAUUAUAUCUCAGAUAUUAAAUUAGGGACAUUAAUAAGACUAAACAUCUCUUGUUAUCCAUUUUUAAGUAAAAUAAAUGAGUUACAAUAUUCUCACGUUCAAAUUUAGGAUUUGCAUUAGUUGUAAAGUAUUACGUGAUGUAAUGAAUCGAAAGUAUCCAAUAUAUGAUUUUCACUUUUGAAGUGAAUUAAUGAAAAUAAUAAACUUUUUGAUGAUAUUCUAAUUUACUGGCACAAACAUUUACUUUCCUAGUACUUACAGUAACCAGCCACGUUCUGGUAGUUGAACUUGUUUCAGGUGCAAUAUGUUACUAACACAACCUUCAGCAUUCCUGUUUUUAUAUUUUCUGUUUGGCAGUAUGUUUAUGUUUUUUGGAUAGCACUUUAUUGUCAAUUUUUUUGUAUUAUUUUUCAAUUUUAAGUCCAGGCGGUGGUGAACCGCCUCUAUUUUUCUGUAUUAUAUGAUGACGAUUAUUAUCGGUAAUCAAUGUUGUCACAUAAGUACUGGCGUUUAAAUACUCUGAAGUUCAUUGCACAUUUCCAAAUCUUUGAAUUUCAGCAGAGAUGUGAAACCAGAGUGUAUUUUUUUUAUUGAAAUUAUGGAGACGCACUGGAGCGGCUGAGACUGGUUCUGGUUUUAGACUUGCAUCUAAGCACUUAUCUAUAAUAUUUAAGUCCAAAAUCUUUUUUUUGUUGUUGUUCACCUUGGACUCAAUUAAAAAAAAAUACAUUACAUAAAAAAAAGUUUGAAGAUUUGUCACAAAAGGCAUAAACCCUGAAAUUACUUAAAUUUUAUUUUAUUUUUUUUUGCAAAAAGAUAUUACUUUUCACAGUUUAUACCAUACCAUACUAGGCAUUGGCCGAUGUAAAAACAUAAAGGAAAAUCACAUCAUUAAAUGUUUCAGAUUUUCUCACUGCAUAAUCAAAAUAUUGAUCACAAAAAAGUAGACGUGAUCUUGAAUUUUUGGACGUAACACAACAAAUAAAAGUUAUUUUUACUGGUGCCAUAAUAUUACAUUGACUACAGUUACUGUUAGUACAUCUAUAAUAGUGUUAUCAGCAACAUUUACUUCAUGUUAUUUAGAUUCUAGUGAAUAGAUUAACACCAAAAAACUUUGAUUAAACACCCCAUAAGUUUAGUUCUUUCUCUCUCUACUCUUUAUAGACAAAAACAAGAUAUUAGUGGAGCUGAGGGCCGAAGCAAACCGCCGGGGCUUCUGAGGUUCCUUCAGGAUGACAAACUUUUUAAAGAGUCACUUUAUUGGCUUGUUAUAAUUAAGAGUCAACCUUGUAUAUAGAUGGAUUUUCCCUGAGCGUUAACACUGUUGACCUCUAAGGCUUGUAUGUUGAUAAAUUUCAUUUUGGUUUCGUUGUUGUCUGUCAUCAAAGAGCUUCUUCUUCUUCUUUUUCUCGUCAUCUUUCAUCUUAAAAGGGGAAAAUCUGAUGAGCUGAGUCUCCUCAGUACCUAUUUUAGCCUCUUUUGAACUUCAGAUACAUUUAUCUCUGAUAUUUUCAGAUCAUAUGGAUGUUUAAAACCUGCUUGUAAUGUACUUACACCCCUAUUUUAGAAGUAGCUUCAAAUCAGGGCUCUAUUUUCAAGCUAUUUCUUGUAACUGGUUAUGGUACCGUUUCUAAGGUAAUCUUCUGGAUCUUAUGUUCUUUGUAUGAUUUUCCUGGAUAGCUGCCAUGAUCUAUGAAAAAGAUAUGAGUGCUUUCGAUCUCCACACAUGCUUUGAGUGUGUAAAAGAAAACCACACCUAAAAUUGAUCUCUCUCUCUCUUAUUUAUACUUACGAAGGUCACAUUUUUGCAGUAACUCCAUGAUCGAAUUGUGCUACUUUUGCUCUGCCAUGCCAACUGAGUGAAAGUAACUAUGGGUUUUGUAAAUGUCUGUCAAAACAGAAAACAAUGGAUUUCUGCGGCCAAAAGAAAUGGUUAGAAUGUGUCCUUUCUUUAAAGUGCAGCAUCUUUGUGUAAGCUUCAUUGAACAAGUGCUUUCGAUGUACUGCGGGUUGCAUCAUGUGUGGCAGGCCAGUGAGUGAUGUUAUUUAGAUGAUGACCGUUGAAUUGUUAGAAAUCUGAGGAGGAAGGUUCUCCAAACUUUUCACAGCUUUCAUGAUCCAUUUACAAAGGAUUUAAAACUGAUUUCUAAUUUAAAUGAGAAAAGAUGACGCGAGUAAAUAUAAAAUGCAGGUUCCAAGCGUUGAAUUCAUUGGAAAAAAGCUAUUCAAAGUAAUUUGACCCUUUUGUGCACAGAAGUGAGUCUAAAUCUACUGGAAAAAACACAUUUUUAUUUCAGUUUUUCUUUAUGUGACAAAAAAAGCUAAAUUGGGGGCAAUUACUUCUUUUUACAGCACUGUGCUGUCUUUAAAAAGUGUCAGAAAGCCGAAGCCUGGAGGAGUUUUGUGGAGCUAAAAUCUAGAAGGACUUUCUGUUUGUUGUCAAGGUAGAGUCAUAGAUCAGGACUGAGUGGGAAACGUGUCGCUCUUGGUCCGUCUUGGUCCUCUAGCUUAAAUCUCACAUUGAUUGUAAAUCCGUGGAUGUUCAGGAUGUCAAAUCCACUUGCUUCACGUGCAUAAUUGUGUUAUGUUCAUCUUCGCCCGUGUUGAGUACUGCGUUUAAAACGUAUUUUAUUUUUGUAAGGACAGAGAUUUUAUUGAGAGCAGGAGUCGGAAAGGCGAGGUUGGGCAAAACCUGCCUUUAGGUUUUUGCAAAAAAGAAAAAAAAAAACAGCAAAACGAGGGCUUGAUCAGUUUACAAUGGCCUUAUUUUGUGUGGGAGACGUUGCUUCGCUAUUGUAGCACACACAACUGAAAGAUUUUUGUAAAAAAAAAAUUAAAAAAAUUAAAAAAUGUAUUUUGCUUGAAAUAAUGUACCGAAGUUCUAUAUGUGUAUAGUUUUAUGAAUGUAUUUCUAAUUUGUGCACUUUUUUUGUCAUCCUGUUUGCUAUAUUGUCUAUCUGAAGAACUUUACAACCCCCUCUCUUCUACUGUACUGUAUUAUCUACGUCUUAUUAUUUGUAUCACGAGAAAGGAGCAUGAAUUCUGUCUGGCAAAAGGCAUUCUGAUUCAUAUGUCGCCACGAUGACUGUUGAGCUGAAAUGAUUGCUUCCCUCUGCAUCCUGUCUCUGCAAUCUCCCCACUUUAUCAAACUCAUACUUUUGAAUAAGGUAAUGUUUGCUGCACGGUGUUUAUGACAGUUUUUUUUUUUUGUCUAAUUCUGCAAGGCACAGUGAAGGGGUUUCCAUUAGACAACUCACACAUAUGCAAGAGAGUUCUCUAGAUGCUGUACCUUUACGUAGCAUGGCUUCGGCCUUAUGUUUUCCUCGAUACGUCUUCAGGCAAUAACCAUUCAGCUGUAGCCCGUUUCUCAGUUAUCAGAGCUGGGCCUGUGGUUACUGUGCCACGACAAAUAAAAUACAUUUCGAGCACUAAAAGUAAGUAUACUCAACCUAGCAUGCUCUGCAUUGUGAAUACACGUUAGGAUGGUUUUCAUGAAAAACGAGGUUCGUUUUGUCUUUGAGCAAGUACGCAUUCCGUAUGCCGCUGCUGACACCUAAUGGCACCACUGAUGAAGACGUGGAAAAAUAUUUAAAUUAAUUAAUUGAAAUCCUGUUUUAUGGCAGACCCAAAAUGUCACAAUAGACCUUGUUAAGCUGGUCAGAGCCUCUAGGAACCUUCAGUUAGUAGUCUCUGUUGUCAUGGGGUUCAAAUAUCCCAGGACACUGAGGCCAUUUCGUAGCCAUUGGCCAAUAGGUUUGAUAAGGACGGCUGGAGGACUGUAAUGAAGGUAAAACUAUUGCACUUUGGGGCCAUAAAGCCUCCAUAUUAGCUACAAUGUCUUGUCUUUCCAUCACAAUCAUAAACUUAUGUAGUUUGUGUGUUCACGCUCGUAUUUUUUUCACAGCAACUCAAAUACUAAUGAAUAACUAAAUUGCUGUGAGCAAGGACAAGUGUUUUUAAAAGUACGAUAUUUUCUAAAAUACUAUUUUGAGUUUGUAAUUAUUUCAUUUUGAGACGGAGCUCUGUCAACUGAAGAUGAUUUCACACAUCUGCAGCAGGAGUGCCAUUAUGUGUGGAAGGUGCCUGAGUAGCAACUAUCAACAUGAACAGGACAGGCAUCAUCACUGAGCUUUACUUUUUUUUUUUUUCCUUUUCUUUUCUUUUCUUUUGGCAAGUUUAAGAGUUUGUGCUGCUGGAUCCUUUUCAUCUGUUGUCUAUAACCAUCAGCUACCACAGCACAAGCUUUACUAUCCACAUUUUCUUUUUUUUCUUCUUUUUUGUCUGUCAGGGUAUUACAAGGCCCAGGUGUCUCUCAACCCUUCAUCUCGCCAAGGCCCUAAAAGCACAGAACACAACCCGAACUUACAGCUCCAAGAGUCAAAAUUACAUCAGUAUUCAGAUUUAUUUUUGUUGGAAUCUAUAAUAUUCCUGGCAGAUCUAGAUGUAAAACAUAUAAAGAUUGAACAACUCUUUCGUGGUUGUCUUCAGCGUUCCCAUCCGAGGAGUGUUGGCAGCGCAACAGGGUCGGAGGAAAAAAAACGUACCGGGCCGUGAUGACGUGUAUGAGAGUUUGCGGUUGAGAGGAACAAAAAGGGAGCUGUAAUUUUAUACCUGUGCUUUGUAAAUGUUUUCUAUGUGCAGUAUUUGAUAAUGUAAAACUGGUAUUUUUGUGGUUUGUACGCUGCAAAAUUGAUUACUUAAGGUGCACGUAGUUUUGUAAUAAAAAAAGAAAAAAACAAUAGAGCCAAACCGGGAGUGGGGGGUUAAAUGGAAAACAAUUUGGAAUUCUGAAGCCUGUAUUUGCAUGCCCUUUGACAUCUGGACGCUGAAAUAAAUAAAGUUCAUUUGAA